AUGGCUGGUGAAUGUGGAUUCAAUGAGAAGGCUCGAUUGCGUACUUUUUGUCAGACAAAGUGGAUUGGCCAAAUGAAUGGGAUAAUCUUAGAUAGGCAUCGCGAAAGGAUUCAGGGGUUGUCGGUUGUUGGGUUAGAUGUAGGUUUUGAUAAAACUGUUUGUGGGGUAGUGGGUGGACUUUUGCAAGACAAAAUAGUAACCGUUGAAACCAUUAUUGAAAUAAUUCAGAGUUUGAUUUGGGCUGUAGAAAGACUUUCAUUGGGUGGCCCAGAAUUGCAGUUAAUUUUUCCGAGAAUAUUGGCGUGGCCGGAAGUUCACUUCAAGUCAAGACGGAUUGAGAAGUUGUUCCAGGAGAGCAAAAUAUGUGUGGAAUGGAGGCUAAGAGAAGAAGACAAGCAAAAUAUUAUGAUUCGUGAAGCGUUGCAACUUGGUGACGAAGCAAAGUCUGAAAAAUCGCAUGUGGAUAUCAAGUUGGCUUCCACAAAAGUUCUGCUGCAGAGGCUGAGAACCCAUAGAACACGGCUACGGAUGAUGAAGGACGAAAUGACUUUGAUGCGCGAAGAGAUAUCAUUGAGAUGUCAUAGUGGAAUUGACAAGGGUGUGCAACAUGGGCAGGGCAACGACGGUGAUGAGGUGGAGGUGGACGUUGGAGAGCGUGACACUGAUGAACAACUUCCUGCUGAUGAUGGAAAUGUCGUUGAAGGAAGUAGUGGUGGUGAUGUGGGGAGUGGCCUUGAUAUGAACCGUGCAUCCCAUGGAGGCAUUUCUGAUGGAGUUGAACCGCUUCAAGCCAUAGUUCCCUAUGUUCCACAACAGCCUCGAAUGACUCAAUUUAAAGUUGAUUACAUGAAGUUGUAUAGCAGUAUUACGGUUUUUGGUGUACCAAACAGGGUGGUUUGCAACAUCAAUGGGCAAAUUCUGGGUACGAAUGAGUGUUGGGGUUUUGGUCCUAGAAAGAAGGUGGACAAUAUGACCCAUGUACUGACUGACUCACGGAGGAUGAUUGUUAAGAGACGUCAAUGGACCUUGAGAGACUACGCUGCCUACUUUCGUGCAGGCCUGAUUGUGUUGGAGGACAUUUUGUCUGCUGAUUUUUUGUUUGCUCCCAUUGUGAAUGACGAUCAUUGGUGGUGUUAUGUCGUCAAUUGUAAAGAGAAGAAGUUGUACGUGCUCGAUUCGAUAGGCCACUCCAACAAAAGUCGUAGAAGAAUAGACAACGCAGUUGCUCAUAAUAUGGGAUUACUUUUUGGGAUGUUGAUGAAGUGUUCGGAACUUGAGUGCCCAAAAUUUGAAGUUCACUGCGACAUAACUCCCAUUCAACCGAACUUAUACGAUUGUGGCAUUAUUGUUCUUCAAAUGAUGGAGUUGUGGGAUGAUGAGAAGAAAUUUGAUGGCAAUAGCAUGCCUAAUUACACUAAUGAACAACUUCAACUGAUUAGACAACAAUACAUUUGGCGUUGGAUCCUAGAUGUUGACAAUAUCUACAGGCAAGAAGUCCUGCAGUACUACAACGCGCUUUUAUAG